AUGGCUAAUCAGACGCGAGGCGGACUCCCCUUCGCUCCCUUCCGGGACGAGAAUGGUAGGAACUCCUACCACCACCCGUUCCCCCGCUACGCCCCCUUCGACCCGUACUUCCGCAUCACGCCGCACCGCCGCGCGUACACGCCCCGGGAGCUGCUCAACGGGACCAUCAAGGCCUUCUACAACCGUCAGGACGGCGGGCUGAACCCGCUGCAGGUCCGCGCGCGCGAGAGCCUCUGCGUCCGAUACGUGCUGCGGAGCACGGCGUACGCGAAGGGCGAGCACGUAGCGGCUGGCCCCGGAGGCGACGAGGCGAGGGAGCUCGUGGACGACGACGUCCGGUUCUUCGCGAAGCAGCUCGACGACUUCUUCUUCUUCGGCCUGCUCGAGCGCUACAUCAUGAUCGAGACCGGGCUCGACGUCGUGGGGCCCGACCCGGCCGGCCUCGAGGACAGGAUCGAGGCCGAGACGACCAUCGUCAGGGAGGCCAGCGGCAACGAGUAUGUGCGCAUCAACAUCAAUACGGGCCGCCGGGACAUCGCGAGCGCGGGCGCGAACGCGCCGACCUACGAGCUUAACGACAUCAUCGGCAGGCUCAUGCACGAGAUGAUCCACGCGUACUUCCUCAUCUACGCGUGCGACUGCCCCAAGUGCGAGCGGGGCCUGCUCAACACGACGGGCCUGCCGAACGACGGCCACGGGCCGGUCUUCCUGAUGCUGCACCGGCUGAUCGUGAGCGAGAUCCGGCGCUGGGGCGACGCGGAGCACAACGACCUGGCGGCGCUGCUGGAGCACGACUGCCCGGACCUGUCCAUCAGCCUGCACAGCCGGUGGCGGGCGAACGCGGCCAUCAACAACCUGACGGUGCUGCAGCGGCGGAACUACACGCGGCUGCUCCCGUACAGCUUCAGCGAGCGGCACCUGGUGCGCAUCACCAACACCGACCGCGUCGCCGUGCGCCCGAACAUCAAGGAGAACCAGAUACGGGCCGAGAACGCGCUGCACGACAGGCGCAGCCGCGCCGAGGCGUACAGGGUCGACCUGCUCGACAACUGGCUCGCGUACGAGGUCGACGAGUUCGACGAGGACGAGGCGGAUUACGACCACGCUUUCGACUUUGAAGGGGAAGAGGACAUCAUCCGCGUGGACACUGAUGCGGUCGAGGGGGGCGUGGGGGAUCCCAGCGUGGACCCGAGCCGUCAAGGCAGUGGCAACAGAACCUAA